AUGGGGAACAGGCGCUGGUCAUUGCUGAGGGAAGCGAUCAGAGGCCAAAACUCUGGCGUGGCGAGUCCCGUGCUGGCAGAAUCGCACUUGGUCGCGCUGCUGCAGCUGCAGCAGGCGUGGGGCGCAUGGGCGGGCAACAGCAACGCCAGCACGGUGUGCUCUGCAUGGGCUGGCGUCACGUGCAGCCCCAAGGGCCUAGUCGUUGCGCUGGAUACAAGGGCCCUUCCCAUUGAUCCUCCCCCAAGUGGUUCCAUACCUGCCUCCAUCACGAAUCUCGCCACUCUCCAAUAUCUCGAUCUCAGCUAUGUUGAUCUGGAGGGGCCCAUUCCAUCCCUUGCCAGCCUCACCCGGCUCACCCACCUGUACGUGCCUUUCCCAUGGGUUUCAAUCAACACCCUUUCUACCGUAUGCCUUUCUCCCAUUGCGCGCUUACCUCCCUUAGGCCCCACAACCCCUGACAUUCAACCCAACCCAACCCCGCAAGUUACCCCCUUACCCUCCAUUCUUCCCAUCCCGUAUACGCUCGCCCAUUUCACACGCUCUCCCUUCCCUCAAUCCACUUUACAGGCUUCCUCUUACCUCCCUGAGUAUGCUCAUUCUCUCCCCCUCUGCAUGCUCACUCGCUCUCCUCUCUCUGUGCGCCUGCCACCCACCACCAGCGGUCUCCUUGACCUGUCGAGGUUCACAGGGGACUUGUCCUUCCUUGCAAUACUAUCCCGAUUGGAAAGCCUUCAGGACUUGUAA